AUGCUGCACCCGAACCUGACAGGAGGACGACUUGUACGAGCUAAACCCGGUGGAGUCAACGCGCAGAGCGUGGACUGCUGGAACCGAGCAUGGCAGACAGAGCUCUAUCUCGAGCACGAGGAAGACGACCUAUACGAGUUAAAGCCGGUGGAGUCAACGCAGCAGAGCGUGGACUGCUGGAACCGCGCAUGGCAGACAGAGCUCGCCCUCGAGCAGGCGCGCGCGGAAAAGAUGCGCCUGUCUCAGGGGGUUGAGGAGGGUAGGAAGCGCGGGAGGCAGAGGGUGGGGAGAGUGUGGAGGGUGCUGGCUCGUGCGUUUGGGCGGUACUACUUCGUGGCGGCCGUGUGGAAGCCCAUCUGGCUCGCCGCCGUCUGCACCCAGGUGUGUGUGCUCCAGUCUCAGCGCAACCUCCCUCAAACACCUGCUUGCCAUUUAUGUCACACAGGUGUACGUGCUAAAGCAGCUGGUGGCAGGAGCGGCAGCGCCAGAGCCGCCAGCAGUGUGGAGGGCGGCGCUGCUGGUGGUGGGCAUGGCGGUGACGUCCACGCUGCAGAGCGUGUGCAUGCACCACUGCUUUACUCGCUCCCAGAAGGCCGGCAUGCGCGUUCGUGCAUGCGUGUGCACGGUGGUAUACCACAAGUGUGGCUGGCAAUGCGCGACCUGACACUCAUCUGUGCGUUUUGUGAGACAUCUCAGAAGCCCUCCUGCCCCCGCUCUCUUCCUCCCUUCCCAUUGUGCAGUGUGGCUGGCAGUGUUGGACCUGACAGUCAUCUGUGCGUUGGUCAUAGUGGAGGCGGGAGUGGCGGCCCUGGGGGGCGUGGCAGUCGUCUUCCUCAUCCAGCCGCUCAUUGUCAGUCACGGGUGUGGAUGGCGAAGAGGGUAGCAGCAUUGAGGCCCAAGGCGCUCAAGUUCACAGAUGCGCGCGUGCGGCUGCUGGGGGAGGUGCUAUCCGGCAUGCGCGUGGUGAAGGUCAACGGGUGGACCGCCGCCUUUCUGGACCGCAUUCGUGCACUACGAGACAACGAGCUACAGUGGCUGCGCCGGGCGGCAUACGUGCGAUCGGUUAACUCCACACUCAAGGACUCCGUCACUCCACUAGCCUCCCUCGCAACCUUCGGCAUCUACGUUGCCCUUCACGGCGACUUGCCUCCCCAGACGGCCUUUGCGGUGCUGGCGCUGUUCAGCAUCAUGGUGCGCAUCUUCUUCAUCGCCCCCACCGGCCUCCAGUUCGCCGGGGAAGCCGUCGUCGCCGUUGACCGCCUCGAGACGUUUCUCGCGCUGCCCGACGGGCAGGGCGGCUGCCCGGAAGAGAAGAGGGCGGAGCUGAAAGCAGAGGCGGAGAGCACGGGUGUGGUAGUGGCGCUUCAAGACGCCUCAUUCUCCUGGCAGAUGCCACUCAGCUCAGCCCAACAAGUACCAACCAGCAGCGGGAAACAGCAGGCAGCAGGGGGGGGCAGGGGGAAGGGGGCCAGAGGGCUGUGGAGAAGAAGGCUCGGUGCCCGGAAAGUGCAGGUGGAGGGGAAUGGGGCUGUUGGGGGCGUUCAGUCAGAUUGCACACAGGGAGAGGGCAAGGAAGGUGAUGGCGACGGGGGUGUACAGAAAGGCUUGCAAGAGGGUAGACAGAAUGAAGUGGAUAAGGGGCAGCAGCAGGAGGGAGAGGUAGAUGCUGCUGCUGCAGGAGGAGGGUUCCACCUGGAGCGAGUAACUCUACAAGUGGAGCGAGGCACGGUAGUAGCAGUCACAGGGGCUGUAGGCAGCGGCAAGUCCUCUCUCUUGCAGGCAAUUCUAGAGGAGAUGCAGUAUGUGGGCGGCGCUAUGUACGUGAGCAGUCUUGGGAACGUGGCGUAUGCAGCGCAGCAGCCGUGGAUUCUGAAUGCAACGGUCAUGGAAAACAUUCUUUUCGGGCAGCCCUUUAAUGCGGGCAGGUACCAGGAGGUGGUGCGUGCCUGUGCGCUUGACCGCGACAUCGCUGCCCUGGCCGCCGGGCACCAGACAGAAAUCGGAGAGAGGGGCAUCAACCUGAGUGGGGGCCAGAAGGCACGAAUCUCCCUCGCCAGGGCCUGCUACAGCAGCGCCCCCCUUGUGCUCCUAGACGACCCUCUAGCCGCAGUGGAUGUGCCUACUGCGAAGCACCUUAUAGAGAACGUGCUUCAAGGAGGGGUCAUGCAACACGGUAACCGCACGGUCGUGCUUGUAACGCACAACCGACGGUCGCUGGACGCGUGCUCUCAGGUGCUGCUGAUGACACAUGGACGGCUGGGAUUGGCCGGGAGCGUGGAGGAGCUAGCAGAGGUGGGGGCGAUUAGCGGGAGGGAGAUGAAGAGAGUGAUGAGUGUUGAGGCCAUGGCGGCUGCUGCUGCUGCCGCUGUGGAAGCGGUGCCUUCUGCAAGAUAUGAGGGGCGGGGAGGGUGGGAGAGUGGGGAGGGGUUGGGGGGUUUGGAUGGGAAAAGCAUGGUGGAGGAACGAGUUGGGGAAGGGGCAGGAGGCGGGGAGGUUUUGGGGGAGGUGGGAGGCAGGGAGAUGGUUCACGGGGGAGGGGGGAAUGGAGGGGGGGGUGGAGCAGGAGGUGCAGGCGAGGGCAGGGAAGGCGGAGCACGUGAAGGGCAAGAGGCAGAGGCGGUGGAUGCGAGGCAGGGAGAGGAGUCGGAGACACGAGGAGAGGAGGCGGUGGAUGCGAGGCAGGGAGAGGAGUCGGAGACACGAGGAGAGGAGGCGGUGGAUGCGAGGCAGGGAGAGGAGUCGGAGACACGAGGAGAGGAGACGGUGGUGCAGGAUGGUGCCGUGAGGGAAGGGGAGAAUGCAGAGGAUGGGGUUGCCAAUGGGAUGGCUGAUGGGGAGGUUGAUGGGGUGGCUGAUGGGGUGGAUAAUGGGCAUAAUGGGAUGACUGACGGGGCGUGUGAGGGAGAGAACGGCCCAGUGCCUGGGGCGAAAGAUGGGAAGGAGCAGUCAGUGAAGUUGACAGAUGGGCAGAGGGAGAAGCGGGCGCAGUGGGGGCAGAGGAGCAUGGGUCGUGUGACUAUAAAGGAGGACCGAGUGGAGGGGCAGGUCACUCGCGCCACCUACUGUGCUUACAUCAAAGCUGGGGGAGGCUUCCUGCUCUUUGCCGGGCUGUUGCUGGCAUUCAUGGUGGCACAGACAGUGCGCACCCUCGUGGACUUCUGGCUGGGCGUCUGGGUCGACCACAAAUACUCCCUCUCCUCAGGCCUUUACGUGGGCAUAUACGCGGUGCUGACAGCGGGAGCCAUCGUGCUAUCACUCCUGCGGGCCUUCUGGUUCACCCAUGCUGCCCUCGCUGCCGCGCGCCACAUGCACCACCUCAUGGCCGUGCACGUGCUGCGCUCCCCACUGCUCUUCUUUGACCAGGGAGUGGUGUCAGUGCGAGCAUACGGAGCCGCCCCCGCCUUCCUGCAGCACUUCAUAGCACUGAUCGACGCCAAUCACCGCGCUUACAUACAGUUCGUGCACGCCGGCCGGUGGCUCGGGAUUCGGCUAGACCUCUGCGCCUCUGCGCUCGUGACACUUGUCGCCAUCCUAGUGGUCGUGCUGCACGGCUCCCUGCCGGCCGGGUAUGCUGGUGUGAUUCUGGUGCAGAGCCUGCAACUUACCGGCCUGUUUCAGUAUGCGAUCAGACAAGCAGCAGAGAGUGAGAACUACUUCACCUCGGUGGAGCGCAUCCAUGCCUUCAUGCACCUGCCCUCCGAGGCCAAUCACGUCUCGGCACCUGGCACGCUGCCGCCCGCGUGGCCGGACACGGGGCGAGUGGAGUUCUGCCACGUGUACAUGGCAUAUCGGGAGGACCUGCCUUACGCACUGAACGAUCUCACCUUCACUGUGGCGGGCGGCGAGAUGGUCGGCAUCUUAGGGCGAACCGGGUCGGGCAAGUCCAGCCUGGCAGCGGUGCUCUUCCGAUUGGUGGAGAACAGCCGCAGCCGAGGCCACGUCAGCGUCGACGGCUUGGAUCUCACAGGCGUGGGGCUGGACGACCUCAGGCAGCGCCUCCAUCAUCCCCCAGGUAAACCAGCUCUCUCUCAAGCAGAGGACCCAGUGCUCUUCCGGGGCAGUGUGCGGCAGAACCUGGAUCCAUUUGGCCGCUACUCCGAUGCCGACAUGCAGGACGCCCUCAGGCGCGCCCAUCUCUCUCCUCCCACCUCGCAUUCCAACCCCUCAGCACCGCCACCAACUCCUCCUCUUACUCUCAGCAACGGCGAAGCUGAUGUGGAGGACCGAAACAGCAACGGUGGAAGGCACGGGAACGGCGUUGAGUGUGAUUCAUCCAGGAUACUUGAGGGAUCCCCAUCUCACGCUGCUGCCUCGGCUGCCACCACGAGGCUUCGCCCUGUGACUCUUGACAUGGAUGUGUCUGAAAACGGGGAAAAUUUCAGUGUGGGGCAGAGGCAGCUUCUCUGUCUCGCACGUGCGCUGCUGCGGCAGUCCCGAGUGGUGGUGCUGGAUGAAGCAACUGCUGCCGUUGAUGGGGAGACCGACGCGCUAGUCCAAGCCACAGUGCGCGAGCAGUUUGGUGCUGCAGGCAUGCGAGCUACAGUUCUGACUAUAGCGCAUCGCAUCGAUACAGUUAUUGAUGCAGACAGGGUGUUGGUGCUUGCGCCUGGAGGUAGGGUUGCAGAGUUUGAUACCCCGGCGAACUUGUUACGACAGGGGUUGAACGAGCGUGGUGUUAGAAGGGGAAAAGGGGGUUCGGUGUUUGCUAGUAUGGUGGAAAAUGCUGGGCCUGUGGUGGCAGCUAAGCUGUAUGAGGCAGCCAUGGAUGCAGAGAGGAGGAAUAAACAAAGUUGA